AUGCUAGUGCUCUCGUUGCAGCAGGUCACAUCCCCACAAGUGAAGGCAGAUUCUCACUUUUUUUUUCUAAAAGCACCAGCCAAUUAACUGUGGUAAGUGUCAUACUCAACGAAGGCGACCCCAAAAUGUAAUCGUUCUGCAAAAUUUGAGCAAGAACAGUGCAGUGAUGAGUGCAAAACCUUUUUUCGAACAGGUACAGCGAAAUUAUUCAGCACCCUGUAGAAGUUUGACGUACAUAUCACGGCUAACCUUAUGCUCAGCUGUCUUAACUGACUGUUGAACUUGUACCUUGAACUCGUAUAUACCAAGUAAAUCAAAAGAGUAGUAUUGUCAUCUCAUUCAAACAGUUUAAGUUCAAGAUUAUGAGUUUAUGAGGGCAGUAACUGCAAUGCAUUGUUGCAGCCCUUUCACUGUCUCAUGGCUGUAUCAAGUGCUCAUAUGCUAUAUGUACCAAUUACUGUACCACGCUUUCCUUUUGUUUUGACCUAAUAUUGUGUCGCAUUAAUACGGUUCUUUUUUCUCGUAUUAUUGCAACAGCUAACAUUGGAUAAGUAGGAAUGACAUUGUGUUGUACCUAAUCCUUGUACCUGUGACCACUACCCUCUGUAACAAAAAAACCCUGAUGGUAUAGUGUCCCAGCUGUUAUGUAACAAGCUUUAAAAAUACACAGAUAAUUUUACACAAAUAAAACCAAGUGCAUGUUAUUCAGAGUCCAGUUGAGAAAUGGCCAGUAAUUUAUUAGCCCUUGGCACCUAAUUAGUUAUAGCUAACGCUUUUAAUUUAGUCAUCUAUCUGUUAGGGUGCUGAUCAGGAAGUUGUAUGAUAUAUUAGAGUGACAUGCUUCUAGCAAGGUCCACAUCAUGUUUUUUUUUCUCGUGGAGAGAAGCCUGCAAGUAUGAAAACUGCCAUGCGUCAAUGCACUCGUGUGCAAAAGGUUGCUGUGCCAUCCAACAGUCUCAGCGGGGAAAGUUAACUGUCCUUUCUGGGGUUUUACGUGCCAAAACCAGUUCCGAGGAGCUGUUGGGGAGCUGUUGGUGCAUUGUGUAAAGAAUAUUUAUGUUAUUGUCAAUGACAGGGCCAGCUUGCUUACCCACUAAGACAGUUUCAGGACCCUGCAACUCCAUGCACAUGAUCUUUUUCAAAUUUCAUGGGGUGGGGGGGUUCAUUACCGGAAAAAAUAAGCACACAAUGUUUUCCUCACUGGAAACGGUUUGUUUUGGUGUCACUUAUGAUGCUCAUCUCCCAAAUUAACAUCUUGACAAUUAGAACAAAUAAAAAGUUGGCUCAUUGCUUUGCUACUUGGAUGACGUGCAUCAUGAAUACUAGCACUUUUUCAACCAAACUCCAAAGAACAUGCACUUUGUUUUGUUUGUGUAGACUUAACAGUAAUUUACUGAUGCAGAAGUACUUUUCUCUUUAGUGUCCCUUUAAGACCACGGUGGUCAGGACCAACACAGUUCGUUUGCCUCCCCCCCCCCUUUUCUUUAAAGUUUGUGUAUGAUGCACUCUGGUAUAGCUGUUGAAAAUGUUGCAAUUAUUGUUGACAAGCACCAUUGUUGCACAUACAGGAAAGUAAUCAAGCCUUCGCUGUUUAUUAUUAUGCAUAAUUUUUCCCCGCCUAGCUUGCAAUGCCUACAUCUGUAAAAUUAGCAAUAGCUUGAAUAUUAACAGCACUCUUGCCAUUUUAUGGCUGAUAUCUUGCAGGUGUAAACCUGCCUUAGAAGGUUGCAUAGUUUGUUAAACAUCUAACUUUAAAAACUGUGCAUCAAGAGGCUUGCACCUUUUGGCCAGUUUGAAUGUUGCCAUCCCAAGUUAUACCAAAUGCAAUCUGCGUUUUUGCAUUGAAAGGGGUUUGUAAUAAUAAAUGAUUCAUUGUUUAUUGAGAUUUGCAGGUGCUUGACUGUCUCCCAUAUGUCAUAACAUUGACUGUUGGUGGCGGUGGGUGCAACUGAAAACUUGCAAAGAAUAUAAAAACAAUGACAAACUAAUUCUUUAGUGGCAUUCUACAGUUCCUGAGUUAUGUUAACUUGUACCACUGAUACUUUGACGUCAUCAAAGCUGUGCCAGCUUGUUCACAAUGUCUGCGCAGUUUGCUUUGGGCAUUCACAGAGGUCACAAAUAUCUUAUUCGUGACAUUUGUCCGUUGAAUGUAGCCUGCACAGCUUAACAGGUUGCUUGUCGUUCUAGUGUCUAUUAUAAUCUGUUUUGAAUAUUUUUACUUUGUUCAAAGGCACUUAUGACAAGGCAAAGAGGAGGGCCAAGAAGGCGGAAUGCGAGUUGGCUGUGGACACCACGGAGCUGUCGGGUAAUUGCUAGUGUUUUUUGUUUUUUUAUGCUCAUGCUUAUGUGAAAGGGGAAGGCAAACUUGGAGCAGGGUUACAUUUACAGAGCAGUCGCUCUGCCAACUGGGCUGACCAGGAAGCUAGAGGUGACAGCUUCAGGCUAAAGUGGCAAGUCGAAGUGGAUGCAAAAGUUUUUUUCUGGAAAAGCUGCCGGUUUGAGGGGUUGAGUCUUAUAAAAGAUGCGACUUAUAGACCAGAAAAUAUGGUACUCCCCAUUAGGACACAAUAGAAUGGUUCCACCUCUCCUUCUAUUGCUGGAGGUACCCUUGAAAGUCUUUAAAUACCUAUGAAUUUUUGUCACCGAGACCUGUACAAAUCCUGAUACUUUGCAUUUACCAGAGUGCUCUGAAACAACCAAAUAUGCCAUAAAUCUACCGCUUCUGCUGUGAAGUAAAUAUUUUUGUGUUUCAGCGAUGCUGCUGCGGGUGCAGCUGAGGCAUGAAGUACGGGUCGUGUCUGAGAGGCUGGAUGAAACUGAGCCUCUUAACAAGACCCGUACAGUGUCUCAGCCUGCCUUGUCGACGGUGCCUCCAGUUCUUCCUCGGCUACCUGCCGACAAUAUUAAAGAAUUAGAGGCAGCCGUGCGGGAUGAGGCUGUGGCUGCCACCUUGCGCAAGCACCUCCUGCAAAUAGGAGGGAAGUCACUGCGCGAGGUGGCAUCGUAUGCCAUGAAGGCUGUAAUGGCGCACCCCGUCCAAGUGCUUUACAGCCUUCAUAGCAGGAAGGGGAAGAGGGCAUUCAUCAAUUUGAAGUUAUGCCGGAUAGUCACAGAUGUCAUCUGUGCGAAAGGGGGGGGGGGCGACCUGACACAAGCACAGGACUUCAUUAAGUGGUUGCCAGGGUCUGUGGACAGCGGUGGUGGCAGGAAGAGGCGUUUCACAGCAACGUUUGCAGCAGAGCAGCCCGAUGAUCCCUCCCUUCAGGGCAGGAAUCAUUGCCUGCCCACUGCUGCCCUCUCCCUGCCCCACCCUUGCCCUCAGGUCCCUGGCAAGUCCACCGUCGGCCCCUCCUGUCCGGCUGCUGCUGCCCCUGCUCCUUCCCCUGCUGCAGCCCCUGCCGCCCCUGCCCCUCCUCCUGCUGCUGCCCCUGGAGCUGAGCACCCCUACUGAUGCUGCAUCAGUUCAAGAAUUGUAUUGUAAAUAGUAAAAUAGUACUGUAAAUAGUAUACUAAAUAAAUUAUAUUUUCGUUUA